GACACAAGAAACUGUAUUGUUGUCUGAGUUUUGGAUUUGAGUUUUCUGCUUUUUAAGAGAUUGAUAGAUAGAAAACAGAGAGUAGCGGCCAUGGCGACGUCGGUGGAUUCUCCAAAGCCUGACACAGACACUGACACUGAGCUGGAUACCAAUCCCAACCUCAACCCUAACCCUAAUUCUUCGAACUCGUUAGUCCCCGCCUCCUCCAAUGGCCCUGCUGUCUGCCUUCUCAGGUUCGCCGGAGACUCCGCUGGCGGGGCAUUCAUGGGCUCCGUUUUUGGCUACGGUGCGGGGUUGGUUAAGAAAAAAGGCUUUAAAGGAUCCUUUGCAGAGGCAGGAUCUUAUGCUAAGACAUUUGCAGUUUUGUCUGGAGUGCACAGCUUGGUUGUCUGCAUUUUGAAGAGGCUGCGAGGAAAGGAUGAUGUUAUUAAUGCUGGAGUAGCUGGAUGUUGCACUGGUCUUGCUCUUAGUUUUCCAGGUGCACCCCAGGCUCUUCUACAAAGCUGCCUCACUUUUGGAGCAUUCUCAUUUAUUAUUGAAGGCCUAAAUAAGCAGCAGCCAGCUUUGGCACAUCCACUUUCUGUGAGGAAGAAAAGUGAGCAACUUCCUCCCUUGGUGCUCCCUCUUCAACUUUCACUUCCAGGUGAACUAAAAGCGGGUUUCACCUCAUUUUGCAAUUCCUUGAAGAAUCACAAAGGCACUUCUCACACAGCCUAAGAAAUUUUGUCUCAUCAUGCUUUUAUGCCUUUUGGUCUUGAAUUCAAGUGUUCCUCUUGCUGUUAUUUUUUUCUUCUAUUGCCGGGUCGGACAUGAUAGUAUGUGGUAUGUAAAUUUUUAGUUGAAAUUCUAGUUGCAAGUUAUGAAUUCACUUCUUGAUUGUGAAAUCUGGUAGAUUGAUGGUACACAUUGCUGAUUUUGCCGGAUUGAGGAACCAUGAAUUUGAUCCUCCAUGUCUGACUC